UAGUGGUAGCUGAGGAUGCCAGCCCCCUGGCGAAUAUGCUGCAAUAAAAAAUCCAGAACUAAGAAUGGAAAAGCUGAAAUGGAUAAUAUGGCAGACACAAGUGAAAAAAUGCAGAUGAAAAAAGAAAUUACAUUACUAAAUGGAGUUUCUUUAAUAGUAGGGAACAUGAUUGGCUCUGGGAUAUUUGUAUCACCCAGAGGUGUUUUAAUGUACAGUGCUUCCUAUGGACUCUCUCUAGUCAUCUGGGCACUUGGUGGGAUGUUUUCACUGUUUGGAGCUUUGUGUUACGCUGAAUUGGGAACAUCCAUCAUUAAAUCUGGAGGCAGUUAUGCCUAUAUCCUGGAAGCAUUUGGUGCCUUUGUGGCCUUCAUCAGACUGUGGUCUUCGUUGCUAAUUAUCGAACCAACAACCCAGGCAGUGAUAGCAAUCACAUUUGCUAACUAUAUUGUUCAACCAAUUUUUCCUCAUUGUGAGCCACCGUAUGAUGCAGUCAGGUUGAUUGCAGCUGCUUGUAUUUGUUCCUUAACGUUUAUUAAUUGUGUUAAUGUGAAGUGGGGAACCCGUGUACAAGAUGUUUUCACAUAUGCAAAAGUUAUGGCUCUUAUCUUGGUGAUAUCUGUUGGCCUUUACAAAAUUGGUAAAGGAGAAACGGAAAACCUGAGAGCUCCAUUUGAGGGCUCAGCAACAAACCCAGGGAUGAUCGCGCUCGCUCUCUACUCUGCCCUCUUCUCCUACUCGGGAUGGGACACGCUCAACUAUGUCACCGAGGAAAUGCAGAAUCCCAAGAGGAAUCUACCUCUUUCUAUUGCAAUUUCAAUGCCUAUUGUGACUGUUAUUUACUUGUUGACUAAUAUAGCAUACUACGUAGUGUUGGACAUGUCAGCUCUCCUCACAAGCGAUGCAGUGGCUGUUACGUUUGGUGGUGAAACCCUUAGUUAUGCUAAGUGGAUAAUUCCUAUAGCAGUGGCCAUGUCUUGCUAUAGUGGCUUAAACUCAUCAAUAAUUGCAGCAUCUAGGCUUUUUUAUGUUGGAGCCAGGGAAGGACACCUCCCUGACAGUCUUAGCUUGAUUCAUAUAAAGUGCUUCACACCAGUCCCUGCUCUUCUCUUCAAUGGCUUAAUGACUUUGCUUUAUCUCCUUGUGGAAGAUGUUUUCCUCCUCAUUAAUUACUACUGCUUCAACUACUGGCUCUUCGUGGGUCUGUCUAUUGCAGGACUAAUAUAUUUGCGAUAUACUCAGCCACGUAGACCACGGCCUAUUAAACUUAACCUCUUCUUCCCUAUAGUAUACUGUUUAUGUUCCCUUUUCCUGGUCAUAGUUCCUCUCUACAGCGACACAAUCAAUUCCCUUAUUGGCGUUGGUAUUGCCCUNNUUUCAAUUCCUCAGAAACCAUAUAUUUUUCUAAGAUCUAUUAUCACUUUAUCUCACGCAUUUUUGCUAUGUAUUACAGCUAUGACAAGAAGAUAUGUUCAGAUGCUCUUCUACUGUGUUCCAUCAGACCGGGACAUAGAUAUGGAACCUACAGCAGCUAAGAGUAAAUAG